AUGCGUCGUAACUCGGAUAUCGAGAUCCAACUCCCCGACGCGGGCCCAACCCCCCUCUCCCCCGAAACCGUCAGCGAACCAGACGUGGAAAUGCUUUCCGACGAACCCGCCGCACCACCACUAACACUCCCACCACACAUCGCCGCCCGCUUCUACCGCCGCAACAGCAAAGUCCGCCGCGGCUCAACAGCCUCCUCGCGCCGCAGCUCAAUCUCCUCCAUCCACUCCGCCUCCUCGAACGGCUCGACCAGCACAGACAAUAUCGCCCAACACCUGCGCCGAACGACCAUCAUCGAGACUCGCAAAGCGCGACUGGCCGACCGCGCCCUACAUGCUGAGAAGGUGAGAUUGCGCGCCGCGCUGUCAAAGGCGGCUACCCGGAACUUGCAUAUCGAGGAACGAGCGCUGGCUGCACAGCAGGCUCGGGAACGCCUCCUUGCGGACAUUGCGGCUAAGUGCGAGGACCAGGUCAAGCGCGCGAAGAAGAAGGCGGAAGAUCAGCGCGAGAAGCAGGCCUCUGAACACGCGCGCAUUCGCCUAGAGAUGGCGGAGAAAUUGGCCGAGGCUGAGAAGCGGCGCACGGCUUAUCAGCAGACGCAUCGGAGGCAGCGGACGGGGAGUUUGCCUGUUGCUGAGGAGAAGAAGAUGGCGCGGUCUGUGACGAAGUCGCUGACGCGGGAUGCGGCGGCGAGGAAGAUCCAGCGUGUGUGGAGGACGCAUCGGGCUAAGGCUGUGAUGCUGGAGUUUGAGGGAUUGGGUCUUUCGGUGGAGCAGGUGCGGGAAAUGACUUUUGAGAAGGUGGGAGCUUUUCUGUCGAACCGUGGUGUUUUGGAUACUAUGACCAAGGUUCUUCGGCUGUGCGGGUUACAGGAUAUGGAGGGUGGAGCGAUGGGCGAGCGUGGUGCUGUGCGCACGUUUCUGAGCAGCUAUUUGAUUGUCACGCAUCCGGCUGAGGUUUUGAGCGGUGAUGGUGAACAGGAGCAGGAUCUUAUUUCCAAGGCGAGGGAGCUUCUUGUGGCUUUUGAUCAGGUCAUUGCGUUGCUUUCGUCCGGCUGUUGUUCGCCGACAGUGAUUACGGCUGAUCUUCAAAUACUAUGCGAGUCGCAUAAUGUUUUCUUUUCCGCGUUCCAUGCUUGGAAGUCGCAUGAUUCAUCCGUUUUGAUUGAGAUCAUGCUGGCGCAGUUCGUUGAGUUGGAGCUCAUCUGGCAAACCGUCAAGAAUGAUCAAGCUGGCGGCGUUGCGGAGGAUUAUCGACAGGGUAUUCGACAGAACCAGAUUCUUCUCCUAGCCCGACUCAAGCGACUCGCGGGAUCUGAUCGUGCCAUGGAAAUGGUCCGGGUCUCGCUGAAGAAAGCAAAGCGAGAAAAGAGGCGAUCCUCCUCCAAGCAGGCUAUUCCUCGAUCCGCUGAGGUUGCUGAAGCUUCGUCGACGGACGUUUUGUCUGAAAACGUCACUUCUCCCAUCAGCGAAUCAUUCAACAAUAUUGAUUCCACGGUCCUUCACGAACUCGAGAAGCAGCGCACAUCGCCGCAUGAGCGGUUUACAAAGAUCCUCACAGCUCUGCCUGAUAACCGAGAGCUAGUUCAUGAGCUACUUAUAAACAAAGAGUUUAAGAUCGAGGAAACCUCUUACACUGGUCCUCGGGAGAAGAUUAUGGAACACAUGUGUGAGCAAAUGAGGCAAGAUGUCGAGGCAGGACAUGGCACCGGCUGGACUGUUGCCAUGGCCACUGUCAUUCAAGACCGACUCUUACGCUCACUACGACCCGGAAACUCCCUCUACGUGCUUAUCAGCGAAGUACUGGACCCAAAGCUGGUCGAAAGCCAGUGCAAAGCGGGGACAUUCUCUUACGAGAACUUUUUCGAUUUCAUGAACAAUAUCCUGCCCCGUCUCUGUGCUCCAUACCGUGAUACCGCAGUCAAGGCUUUUGCCGAAGAUACCUCAGGAGACGCGAUUGACAAACUAGCCCGACUGAUGGGAAUAAUCGACCUCCUCUCGCUAGACCACACAAACUUCAUGAUCCAAGUCGCAGCGCCCCAACUAAUCCAAGAAGCACCGGGCUACGAGCAACGAACCUUCGACAAGGGUCUAACCGACGGCUCAACCAGCCUAGGCAAAACACGCCGCUUCUGGCGAACCCACCGCAAAAUGAUCGUGGACGAAAUGAAAAAGCGAGAUCCAGAAAGUAUCCACGGCGAACCCCAACCCUCCGCAUCAAGAGUCUACGCCUACGGCCUCGCAGACCUCGUCCUAAGCAACGCGAUCGUCUCCGAGGAUCUCAUCCCCGAAACACUAGUCCUAGACCAGUCCCGUCUGGAACGACUACACGCCAAAGCCUUCCAAAUCGUCGCAACAGCCUCGAUCCUCCUCACAGCCAAGAACCUGCUGAAAAGAGACGCCCGCUCCCACUGGAAAACAGAAGCCGACCGCAUAAUCGCCGAGCGCGUCCAGUCCAUCUUAGAGUCCACGCACCCGAUGCCACCGAAUGCGAGCGCGCAGCUUUCGUCGACGAUCCGCCGCGUCCUGGCGCCUGUUGCUAAAGCUGUUGUCACCGCUGCUCCGCAGGUUGUCCAGAUCAAUCCUGAAAUUUCUAGACUUGCGGAGAAUGGGGUGGGGAAUGUUUCGGCGCCUAGUUUUUCGGAUCCGGUUGCUAAGUUGAUGCUUUCGCGGUUGCGGAGCCAUGUUCUUUCCCGACUUAGUGCGUCUAGUGCCUCGGAGCGAGUUCGGGCUACGACGACGGCUAGUCAGAGUCUUGCUGGUGCGGGUAUGCCCGAGUUUGUCAAUGAGGUGGGGAAGCUGGUUGAUGAGCUUGAGAAGGUUAAGGAAGUGGAUUGGUUGUGUCAUGGGGCUGUUUAUGAACGUGUAUAUGAAGAGGGGGCUUUGCAGUAA